UUUGUUGUUGUUGGUGUUGUUGGUAUUGUUGGUUGCUCAUCUUUUUAACACAGACAAACAUGCUUUGCUUCGCUUGCUUGCUUGCUUCACUCCUUACUCCUCUUCUUCUUCUGUCUUUUGAAUGCAGUUGCAUCCAUCGAUUCCUUCCUUUGCGCCAUCUCUUCUCCUCUCAGCCACAGUGAUGCUGAUGUUCAGCAUCAGCAAAAUGCUCUCAUAUUUGGUGCUCUCACUCUUACUCUCACUCUCACUCCCACUCUCACUCGCAUUUCGUAUUUCGAAUUCGUAUCUGAAAGGAAAGGAGGGAAGGAGGGAAGAAGGGAGGGGACACUGGCUGUCUUCUGUUCUUGUGUCCUUUCUAUUAUGUUGCGUUAUAUGCAUUACUGCAAUCUAUUGUUUGAAUCGCUUUUUGUCACAGCAACAGGGGAUUCUCAUCUGCUCAUCAAAGGCUCUUCUCUCCUCCCCCAUUCCCUUCCCUCUUUCUCUUUCUCUUUCUCGCUCUCACUCACUCUCACUCUCUCCCUCUCUCUCUUUUUCUUUUUCUCAGUCACUUCCUCACUUACAUUCCCUCCCUCUUCCCUCCCUUCCUUCAGCCUCUCCUUUACCAUUGCGCUGACAGACUGCUGACGUUUUCCCUUUUUCCCUUUUUCGCUUAUUUUCUCUCUCUCUUUCUUUUCUUCUGCCCCUCCUAGUUUCGUUCUCAUACACAUACCCCUUCAUCGCCCUCGACUUCACUCCUCAUCAAUCUCCUCCCUCCCCCUUCUCAAGCCCAAAGCUAACAUUACAGCAACAUAAAGGU